GCUUUGUGGGAUUAGUGUACUGUUUCGGCCUUCCAGGUCCUCGGGAGUCAGUCAGUCUAUAACUAUAGUCGAGGGAUUGCCCCCACACCUGCCGGUUUGCACUCGGUGUUGUUUUCUCCCAUGCUGACGCGGUCACAGCUCCACUAUUCCCAUCAGGAUCCCGAGAAAACCUUUGAUCUCACGAUAUCAUACGACUUGAAUCCUUCCGAACAUUCGCGGGAUUGCAUAAAGUUGAAGCACUUGCACGACUCUGGAGAGCACAGAAUCAAGUCAUGCAUCAUUGAAUUCCAUAGUGAGAGCACAAGAAAACACUAUGGCAGAUACCCUUAUAGCACGCGCUUUGGAUAGCCUUAAACUAGGCCACAACCUAGAAAAUUGGCAUAUCGCAACAUAUCGAAAUAUUGCCGUUUCUGUUGCCGUAGGUGUUCCUCUCUUCUCAUACUGGGUCUCAAACUAUCGCGCAUGGCUGGCUCUCGGGCGCGGUGGUCUACCUCCGAACCCUUUGGGUUGGCUAGUGCAAGCUUGCCUGCAUCCCAUAUCACGAUCCGACACCAGAGCUCCUGCGCCAUGGACACUCGAGGAUACCGAAGAGUUGUGGGGUACCGCAGGCAGGAAAUCCUUCUUCAUCGAUGGACGCAUCCCACCACGGAGGCACGGCGCUCGGCCAAACGUGCCUAGCUAUGUCGCGCCACAGCGGCAGACGAACGAGCAGGUGCACCCGGCGAUGCUGGACAAGAUGGAGUCAUACUUAUCCGAUCUGGUCGCGGCGAACCCGACUACGUACCAGCUCAAACCGUCGGGGCUUGAGGGGCCCUUUCGGAACGCCAUAUGGCUUGCCGAUAACUUCAACACACCGAUGUAUCUCCGAGGUACCAAGGGCGAGAUUGUGCAUCCGCACGAUGAGGGAAGCACCCACCUAGUGCUGAGUCUUUCUGAUGCUACCCGGGCAAUUGAACUGGGGUGGGCUGAGCGGCACAAGCUUGCUGGCGCGUGGGGCGAAGUCAUCCCUUGGGGCUUUGUUCUUGUGUAUGCGCCGCGAGAUGGCGAUGACUUCGAGAUCUGGAAGAAUUUUGUGCUGGCUGCGGUAAAGUUCAACGCAGAAGCUGUUGGCAGUGGUGACACGAGUGUUAUAACCCCGGCUAUAUGAUU